GAGAGAUCUUGGAGUUCCAUUAUUGUCCGGUCCCUUUGGUUUUUGUUCGGUGGAGUCGAGCCGAGAGGUGGUGGUCGGAAUGGUGGGUGCGUUCGUGCCGGUGUGCGUGCAGUGCGGGACGACGAGCAACCCGUGCCGGUGCAAGGUGGUGGGGCCCACGCUGGGAUUCGUGGCGUUCGCCGCGGCGGCGGUGGAGUGGCCCGUGGGGGCGCUUGUCUACCUCUUCCGCCACAUGAAGGGCCGCCGCAUCAUGGCCCACCCCGCUACGGUCGUCUACCCCUCCGUCUCCAGCGCCAUCCCUAUCUAAAUGUGGAUUACUUUUGUGCUUUUGUUUCUUUAAUGCAUGGAGUUGUUUAAAAGUCAUGAUCUCUCUCUCUCUAUCCACAGUGUAAUGGUGCUGCUAGCUAGGUCAUCUGUGUGUAACCCGGGUGAACAUUGGGUUGGCCCAGGAAGUGAACGGGUGGGCUGAAUUUAUAUCCAAAAUUGCGUUUUGUCGAAGGAAUGCCUCAUAGGAGACUAAACGUGAGGGAAGCGAUCAAGUUGAACCGGCAUGGGCAUUGUUGGAUCGAGUGAGAGGCUUGGGUGAGUUCCAGGGCAAAUAUGAGUGAUGGGAACGUGAAUUUUAUGUUCAGAAUCUUUUGAGGGAGAAAAAAAGGUUUAACCAUACUUUUUUUUUUAAUUUUUUGUUUUUUUUUUUUUUUUGCUAUAACGGAUGGUUCAUACCGUUCCAAUUAACUAUUCGUCGAGACUAUCGCCCAACUAUUUUUGAAAUUAAGCAACUGUUUUUUUUUGAAAUUAAGCAACUGUUUUUCCAAUUAACUAUUCGUCGAGACUAUCGCCCAACUAUUACAUAUGGCUUCCUAUUUAAACAGCCACUUGGUCUCAGCAAAAAAAAAAAAACAGCCACUUGGCCUGAGCUUUUCAAUACACCACAGACUUUUCAAGUAGAUCUCUCCUUUUUUUCUCCUAGAAAAGGGUGUGGUACCUGUUCCCCUUAAUCACAUCAAUCUUGCUGCUAUGAUGUUGCACCAGAGAAAAGUUAGAAAGAGAUCAUUUUUACAAAUAUAGGAAGGAUGCUAGGAAAAUACUUGACAAAGCGAGGGAGACCACUCAAACAGCAGCUGCUUUUUAUGUUCUGCACCUUCUACCUUGAAGUUAGAGCUUGAAAGGGAGGGCUGAACGCAAGGGAUCAUUAAUCUGAGCAUGUCAUUUUGAAGUACUUAGCGACAAAAAAUCAACCUUCAGCUUAAUCCUCAUACCACUUUCUUCAUCACAGCAAUGACCGCAGAGCAGGAUAGAAAGCUCAUAUUGUCUGAGAGAUAGAUGAUCAGCAUUUCUCAGCAUUGUAUCCAAUAUAUUCUUCCUCGCCGAUCCAUGUAGCUAUUAUUUCGCCUUUUUAUUGGACUGGAGUGUGGGAAUUAUGAAGAUAAGAAGCAAAAAUAUCUUGAAAAAAUUAAACACGAACUCUAAGAGAUGCCUCACCGACGGAUAUUGAGAGAGUUUGCAUCGCACAGUAGAGAUUCUUCACCGAGCGCGGCGACAUAGUAUGGACAAACAAGCUCCAGAUCUCUAUCCAAUCCAACCUCUCCAUCCCUAUCCCAGCCGCCGUACCAAGUCCCUGGAAAUGCUUAAAGGCCAGUUGGAGUCAAUGGGAAGGAGAGUGGUGCUGGGAAGCAACUGUUUUCUUUUCUCUUCCGUUUUUUUGGGGGGGGAUUAUAUAACAAGUCAAAACCACCAGCUCUACUCAAAGUUAAAAUGCAGAACUGUACAACCGUAGCAUUAGUUACUAAAUGAAGGGAACGUGAGUGGUAAUCAAUAAGCGAUAGGUAAGAUUGUAUUGGGUUUAUAACAUAUAUAUGCAUAUAUGAACAGCAUAGUGAAUGCUUAAUAUAGUACAUGUUGUUAUGGUUGGGCCGCCUUCUGGUCGAAAAUCGGCCCAUGAAAAAGAAGAACAGCAUCCCAUAAGAUAUGUGGGUCAAAGAGACGUUGGCUGCAGGGAAAGUCUGAUAAGAGGUGGGGUCGGAGUAAAAGAUAUAUAAGAGUUGGUAUAUGGAAAGAGGCACAUAAUUUGAUAGCCGAGGAGAUGGGACACAGGGUAUGCGAUUUGAUGGUUCCUGAUGAGGGCAGAUGGGAUGAGGGGCUGCUCCGAGAGGCUUUUGGGGAGUAGUUGGCAGAGAGGAUCUUGGCCCUGCCGAUUCCUUCACAAACGGUACCAGGCAGACUGGUAUGGGUGCCGUCGGCCGGUCGAGGGUGCAUGCCAGAGAUCUCCGGGCAUGGACUAGUAGGAAGCCAGACAGGCAGAUUGAUGGUGGAUAGAUCUGGAGGAUGAGGGUUUAUCCUCAGGUGGCGCUUUACCUUUGGAAGGUGGUUUGGGGCUACCUUUCGACCAAAAGUGUGCUUUUCAGGCAAGGGAUGUAGAUGACUUCACUAUGUGAGGUAUGCUCGGAUGCUGAGGAGACUAUCAGCCAUGUACUUCUUCGGUGUCCUACAAUCGUGCAGAUAUCGAGAUGCUUACCUAUUCCACCACUUUCGCUGUGGGAGUCGGUGGAGGAUAUGCUCAAGUAUUUGAGCGACUCCCUCCGGAGGCCCAGCAUUGCUGAGAUAGGGAUCAAGGCGGCUUACGCGGCCUAUCAUAUAUGGUUAGAGAGGAACGACUGCCUGUUUGAGGGCAGGAGGUCGUCCCCACGGGUGGUGAAGGUCAGGGACAUCUGGAAUACCUGUACUGCUGUCUCAGCGUCCAGGUUUAUUUAUUUUUCUUGGGUACUCCCACCCUCUGAUUAUUUUAAGGUGAAUUUCGAUGGAGGCAUGGCGGUGGAUGGUGCUUUUGGAGGCGUGGGUUUUGUGAUUAGAAACCAUGACAGCAGAUUUAUUGCAAUGGGUGGACACAGCACACCCGGCAUGACCGCAGUGGCAGCGGAGCUUCGGGCAACUUGGAAGGGCAUUUUAUGUGCGAGACGUGUGCUGGGGGCUGAUAGCAUAUUCCUUGAGGGUGACUCUUCUACGGUCAUUGAUUGUAUCCGAAGAGUAGAUAAGUACGGGGAUGGCCAUCCGCUGAUCCGAGACACACGUAAAUUGGUGCGGGAGUUCACCUCCUUCCAGAUAGUUCAUAUGUAUCUGAGGCGAAUAGUGCAACAGACUGAGUCGCCUCCUAUGCAGCCCGGCACUCCACAUCAGCAGCUACAGUAGCGUAUCAAUAGGAUGUCAAGCGUAUCAGAAAACUGGGCACAGAAAGUGAGAGGAUAGAAUAUUUGAAUUGUGUUUCCUCCCAACGGUUGAAUAUCAAGAGAUGAUACUGCCUCAAUGCAGAAAGAUCUAAUGCUUGCAAUAUAAUUAAACUGGCAAGAGUUUCGGUUCAAAGAAGUAAUAGAACCAAAAGCGUCCGAGAGAUAACGCAGUUAUCUUGGAAAAGGAAGUUCGUGUCUUUGAGGGACCCGCAUGGAGGAGAUAAGCAAGUUAUUGCCAAAGCCUUUGCAUUAGCUCUUUAAAAAUCAGAGCUCUUGGAAACUGAGACUUAUCGCUCUUUGUUAUCAGAACAACAGAUUUCAACAUCCAAACAUGGCAGUAGCAUGCAAGGCACCACAAAAUCUUUGAACCAAAUGUUCUACGUUCACUUGAUUAUGCGACAAUUUGUAGUUAAGGUAAUACAAGCAAAACACAGAUUCAAAGAUAAGUUGCGUCACACCUCACUCUCCCACACAUUAUAAAAGAGCCUUGUCGCUGGGAACGUGCUUGUAGUUUCCCAUGCUAGGAUUCUUCAACAAUAGAGCAAGCUCAGAACCAACAAUGUCAAAUGCUUAAGAUGGGAGAGCACU